AUGGCUACGUUUGUGUGCAGGGUGCAGUUUCUAGACGACACCGAUCCGUUCAACAGCACCAAUUUCCCGGAACCUACUCGACCACCGCUCUUCACCUUCAGAGAGGACAUCCAGCUCAUCAACCAGCUCGCCGGAGUGCACAGACUCCUCAAAGCUCCGCAGAAGCUCGAUGACUGUGCUCUACAGCUAUCUCAUAAUGGAAGCUACCUGGAUCUGGAUUCUACUCUGGCAGAGCAGAAAGAUGAGCUGGAGGGCUUCCAGGAGGAUGGAGGGAGAGGCAAAAAGCACAGUAUAAUCCUACGAACACAACUCUCAGUAAGGGUCCAUGCCUGCAUAGAGAAACUGUACAACUCGACAGGAAGAGAGCUAAGAAGAGCUCUGUUCUCUCUCAAGCAGAUAUUUCAGGAUGAUAAGGACCUGGUGCACGAGUUUGUGGUGGCUGAGGGACUCAUAUGUCUCGUUAAAGUCGGGGCAGAGGCUGACCAGAACUACCAGAACUACAUCCUCAGAGCUCUUGGGCAGAUCAUGCUCUAUGUGGAUGGGAUGAAUGGCCUGAUUGGACAUAAUGAAACAGUUCAGUGGCUCUACACAUUGAUUGGAUCAAAGUUCCGUCUAGUGGUUAAGACUGCUCUGAAGCUCCUGCUAGUGUUUGUGGAAUACACAGAAGCUAAUGCUGCACUACUCAUCCAAGCUGUCAACGCAGUGGACAGUAAACGAGGUUGUAAGCCGUGGUCCAACGCCAUGGAAAUCUUGGACGAGAAGGAUGGUGUGGACACUGAGUUGCUGGUCUAUGUUAUGACCCUCAUUAAUAAGACACUUGCAGGCCUUGCAGACCAGGACUCGUUCUAUGACGUGGUGGACUUUCUGGAGGAGCAGGGCAUUGAAGCCAUCUCCCAGAGGCACCUCAGCAGAAAGGGCACAGACCUGGACCUGCUGGAACAAUUCAACAUAUAUGAGAUGACUCUUCGUCAUGAGGAUGGUGAUGAUGAGUCGUCGCCGCCACCUGUGGGCCGCAAGGACCGACGUCGCGCAAGCUUAGGAGGCACGCUUGAAAGACGGGGCCUCGAACGCAGACGCAGCCGAAGACAUUCUCUGCAGAACGGCAAAGGCCAUGCGUCUGCACCCGCCUCCCCUUGUCAUAGCCAUAACCCCAACUUCCUACCUUUUAACGGUCAACGGAUUGAGGAUGUCACUGAGAGAGAGGAGGAGGAAGAGGAAGUUGAGGAACCGCAGAAAGCAGAACUCUCUGUUCAGGGAUCUGCCAGGUACUCAGGAAUAGAGGAGGCUUCUAGCUUGUGUUUGCCCUUUAAAUGCAUGGUCAACCUCAUCCCCAGCACUGCUGAUUCAGAGGCACAGGAGAGCACCAGGGGCUGUUCUGGCACCAAGGUCAUCCGCAGAGCGCCAGUGUCCUCAGCUCCUGUAUCUCCAGAUUCUGGCCCCUGUUGUCUGUCUUCAUGGGCCUCCGUCAGAUCUUUGGGAGCUGUCCCCUCCCAGGGUUCAUCCGUCACCUCCUCUGCCUCUACAUCCCCCAGUGAGGAACAUCAAAUGCCCCUUCCUCUCCCAUCCUCCCCCCUUCUCUCGUCUUGCCCAUCAGACUCGGACAAGGUGCAUUUUGGGACCCCACACGUCCAGAGGGGCCGAGACUCCAGUCUUUCAGAUAUUAGAUACUUACACACACCCUGUUCAACAUUCUCUUCCAGAGUCCUUCCUAGUGUUGGCAGACAAAAUGGCUAUGCUGGCACAUAUCCUGGUAGAUCAUCAAGUGCAUCCAGUGCCCCUUCUACCUCCUUCAACCGCUUCAUCUCUACAGGAGGGUCACCUACAGACAGCAAACCUGACAGGCCGGCUCUGGGAGGUUUACUGGCCUCAUCAUACAGGCAGCACCAGGAGUCUCUAGCUGCAGAGCGGGAGCGGAGGCGUCUGGAGAGAGAAGAGAGGCUGCACCGCAUCGAACGGGAGGAAAGAACUCGUUUUAGUCGUGACUAUGUGCAGAGGAGAGAGGAGGCCAUACAUGCUCGUGAAGAGAGGUAUAAACAAGUGGAACGUCUGGCAGCGGAGGAGUAUGAGAGGGAGCAUGUGGCAUCAACACCAAGAGGAAGAACAGAAAUCACACUCAAUCUGAGUUCACGAACCUCCUGCAGCUCACACUGUCCAAUCCCGUCCUCCACUGAGUGUCAGGAGAAUAAACUUCCUCAAACCCACGCUGCACAAGAAGCUGAGCCAGAACCAAGAUGUAGGGAAUCUGGCCUACAGUGGUCCUCAGAGACAGAGGAAGAGCACAAGCCUGUGGAGGAGACGGAUAUAACGGUGUCUGUGCUGCAUGCAGAGCCGGACAAAACAGAGGCAUGGACAUUAAGAAAAGAUGAACAUGAAAAAGAAGCACAGGAGGUCAAGAAAAGCGAAAUUACGAAAGUGAAGGAUGAAGAAAGGGAAAAGGUGUGCACGGAGGAUGUGACGGAGGACGUGGCGGAGAAUGAGACCGAAUUAGAGGCGGAAGAAGAGUGUGAGAAAGAGCAGAUGGUGGAAAGAGACACAGAGGACAGCACGGCCCUCAGCGAGAAAGAAAGGCAGAACGAGGAACUUAAUGAGAAGGACAACUGCUCGGCUUCCAGCAUCUCCUCAGCAAGCAGCACUCUGGAGAGGGAAGAGCGAGAGGAGAAGCUCAUGUGUGAUAAUGACGCAGGCCAGUGGGCAGAAUGCAUUAAGGCAACAGACAUCAACGAACAGUGUGACAAAGUCCUCAAUAACAAGCGCUUUAUGCUGGACAUGCUCUAUGCACAAAAUACAAAGCCUGUCGAAGACGAGGAGAAGGAGAGCGGGCAAGAGAGAGAAGGCCCAGGAGGCCAGGAGUCGUCAGUAAACCGCCUCGCCACUCGCAUCUCAACUCUGGAGGCUCGACAGCAGGCAGGUGAGGACAAUGUGAAGAAAAUGGAAGUGCAGCAUCUGGACAACCACGGCAACGUGCGGAUCGUGGCCGAGAAAUUCGGUGACUUGGUGAAGGGGCUGGUCUCUCCUCACGAAGCUGAGCUUGAAGGGAAAGAGAAAGCACCUUCACCCGCGCCACCUAAAAAAGAGUCAGAUCACAUCUGGGACCAGCUGAUGGCCACACCUCGAGAACUUCGCAUCAAAGAGAUGGACUUUACUGACCUUUUCGAGGAAGAUGAUAUAGACAUUUUGGAUGUUGGAAACAUGAUCAAGUCAGGUGACCACAUGACACCCCCUCCCCCGCCCCCUUGUAUACCAAACCUCCCACCCCCUCCUCCACUUUUCGGUUGUCCUCCCCCUCCCCCUGUACCAGGAGGAAUGUUACCUCCUCCACCACCUUCUAUGGUCCCAGUGUCUUCCUCGCAUAUCGGUUCUCCUCAUCAUAGUCGAGGAGAGCCACCGCUCUUUCAGAAGAAGAAGAAGACUAUCAGACUCUUCUGGAACGAGGUGAGACCCACAGACUGGCAAUACAGUAGUGACAAGCGCUGCAAGGAGUCACUGUGGUCCAAACUGGAACCAGUAAAGUUGGACACAGCCAAGUUGGAGCUCCUCUUUGAAACCAAGUCCAAAGAACUUCCUGUUACAAAGAAAACAGCAGCCGAUGGGAAACGGCAGGAGAUCAUUGUUCUCGACUCCAAAAGAAGCAACGCCAUCAACAUCGGCCUCACUGUUCUUCCACCACCACGCACCAUCAAAACAGCCAUCCUCAACUUUGACGAGUAUGCUCUGAACAAAGAGGGUAUAGAGAAAAUCCUGACGAUGAUCCCCACAGAAGAGGAGAAGCAGAAGAUACAGGAAGCACAGCUGGCGAACCCAGACAUUCCUCUGGGCAGCGCUGAACAGUUCCUCCUCACGCUCUCCUCCAUCAGUGAGCUGUCUGCUCGCCUGCACCUCUGGGCUUUCAAGAUGGACUAUGAUGUAUUGGAGAAGGAAGUGGCAGAGCCCUUACAGGACCUGAAGGAGGGCAUGAGUCAGCUGGAGAAGAACAAGACACUGUGCUUUAUUCUGUCCACACUACUCGCUAUCGGCAAUUUCCUCAAUGGUUCAAAUGCUAAGGGCUUUGAGCUGAGUUACCUGGAGAAAGUCCCAGAAGUAAAAGACACUGUGCAUAAACAGUCUCUGCUUCACCACGUCUGCUCCAUCGUCGUGGACAAAUUUCCGGAAAGUUCCGACCUGUACUCUGAGAUUGGCGCAAUCACCCGCUCUGCUAAGGUGGACUUUGACCAACUGCAGGACAAUCUGGCUCAGAUGGAGCGGCGCUGCAAAGCUUCCUGGGACCACCUAAAGGUCAUUGCUAAGCAUGAGAUGAAGCUGGCACUAAAGCAGCGCAUGUCUGACUUCCUGAAAGACUGUGCUGAGAGGAUCAUCAUCCUCACCAUCGUCCACAGGCGCAUCAUUAACAGGUUCCAUGCCUUCCUGCUGUUCCUGGGCCACCCAGCAUACGCAGUGAGGGAGGUCAGCAUCCACCGCUUCUGUAAGAUCCUCAGCGAGUUUGCACUGGAGUACCGCACCACCCGGGAGAGAGUCCUGCAGCAGAAACAGAAAAGAGCGAACCACCGUGAGAGGAACAAGACCAGGGGCAAAAUGAUCACUGAUAGCGGCAAGUUUGCAGGCGCUACAGCAGACGGUCAGGACGCUCCAGUGCAGGGACUUGACUACGCCGAGGAUGCAGCAGAGCACGAGCAGAUGACCGCAGUGCUGAGAGACAGUCUGCAGCUUGGAGACACCACCCCUUCAGUCCUGCCUGGUCUACGCACCCGCACCCGAGCUAGCCGAGGCCGCCUCGGACUGUGGUCCUCUGCCAACGAAGACACGUCGAACUGCAUGGAAGACACAGCAGAUGAGAUCAUGGAGCGCAUUGUAAAGUCAGCAACUCAGGGCCCCAGUCAGCGCAGUCAGCCUCGCGAGAGGAGACGCUCAAGAGCUAACCGCAAGUCCUUAAGAAGAACACUGAAGAACGGGCUCACCCCAGAGGAGGCACAGGCUCUGGGAUUAGCCAGUGGCUCUGAGAUGCAAGUGUGACACAAAAUAGAUUCUAGCAGCUCAGGGUCUCCAAACACACACACACGCACACGCACACACACACACCUACACACACGCUUCAAAUCUCGAUACACCUGAUCCUGGACACUGCAACCUAAGCAUGCUGUUUGAAAGACUGAUAUUUCUUAACACCUACCACAAUUACUGCAUUUUUAAAAGACAAGCACAGUAUCAGCUGCCGUUCAACCUUCUAAUACACAACUCUUUAAUCCUUCAACACAAACACAGACACGUUCUUGUGUUUAACCCUGUGUUAGUGAGGAACAAGCUCUCUGAAGAGACAUGCUAGUGUGAACUGCAAGUGCCUUGAGUGUGAACCCAAAGAUCAACAUGGACGAUCUUUCACACCCUGGUUAUAAAACAUUAGCUGUUUGGGGAAAUCUUGCCUGCUUUGGUUAGUAGCACAGUCAGCAUUCAUGUCUGGAAACUGCAGAGCACAGAUUUCUAGAAAUCACUAAAGUAGAUAUCAAGGUGUGAUUGUCUCUGCACUGCUGUGGUAUUAGUGAUUAUUUUGCAAGGAUUUUUUUGUUCGAUCGAACCUGAGACGAUCAGUAACGCUCGACAACGUACAGGUCUGAUACACAAUGCUGACCUACAGCACCUUCUGCCAUUUGUACUGUAGUCCAUCUGCUGAAAGUGCUCAAAGGAGAAUAGGCGUAAAUCAGUUUCCAGACACAGAUCAGCUCUAGUCUUAGCCCAAGAAGAACUUUUUGACGCUGCCUUGAUGUUAAAUAAAUGAAAACAUUGUCAGUUUAACAUCGUGUAAUGCAUGACUGCUAUACUUGUGGCAUCUGGUCUUUGGAAAAGGACAGAGGUGUGGUCAUGUGGUCUCUUCAGCACAGCAGCAGUCUGUUUUUUAGGAAGAACACUUAAGUGUGAUUAUAUACACAAUAUAACAAAACGUCCAUUCUGUAGUGUGAAACCCAAAACAUAAUUCUGACAAUCCACACAUCCGUACUACACGACCCGGUAGUACCAAACCCCCCAGCACCUUACUCUGUGUACCAUGUCAUUUUAAAGCAAUGUCAAGUAUUAACAAGAAGAAGUAUCUUUGUUUUUGUCCUGUUGUCGUCUUCUUUUCAGAUAAUCGAGUACUGUAAAUUGCUAAAUGAUCUAGAAAUCUAAUGUAGAAACUAAAUGUUCCCUAAGAAGACAAAUGUUGUAUAGUUGUGUAAAUCUCUGUUUUUUAUUUGUGCAUCUGUUGCAUUUGUAUAGAAUAGUGUAUUAUAGGUCAGAAGCAGUGUUAUUCUGUGAUAAUUAUAAUUUAAGAAAAGUAAAGCAAGCCAUGCAUUGUUCAAAACACGAAGAAAGAAAGUCAAAGGAGUUGCGUCAAAGGGAGCUUCUGUGACGUCAGUCGGAUGCUCAGCGAUGUUUGCUUUUGUCAUGUGUAUUUUUGUUUUUUCCUUUUUUGCACAAACUUGAAACAUGUAACCCACCCACCUUCCACUCCUGCUCAAGCCUUUCGAGAUCAUUGCACUCAAGUAAACAGAAUCUAGUCAUGUCCAAACUUUUGCUGCAAGUGCCAUACAAAGUGGGUAUUGAAUAAGAGUACCAAGAAUGUGAAUUAAUCUUGUUAAUACUCACAGCGAAAAAAGUAUAUAGUGUAUACAAAAUCUUGCAAUAAAAAAGCUUUUAUGAAGCAUCCAGAGGAAAUGCUGGUCCUGUCGAGUGUUUUCAUGCAGUGAAAGAAUGGACAUCUGUAAAAGUCAGAACCUUGCUACACCUUGAAUUAUUGAAACUGUUGAAACUCUUCAGAAAUCUUCUCUCUGCAUUAAACAUGUGAACGUUCAA